AUGCCGGGGACAAUCAACUGGGAGCCACCAGCUUCCAGCGUGAUGAUUCUGAAAAAGAGGAAGAGAGAUAAUGAUUCUGGACAGGAUAGCAAUAUGGUUCUUUCGCCUCCUUCACAGAUGACUUACCCAAGAGCAGAAGCACCUUCAAUCAGCUCUGGCUGCUCUCGAGCAAACCUGGGCUCACCCACGUCAAAACCACGCAUACGGCCGUUGGUGUCAUCCCUGAAAAAAAGACGACUAGACCCGAAGAUCAUACCAUCUCAGCCUUCGCAGCCUCUUUUCUUCUGUUCUCGAACGUCACAAGAAGAAUACACCGAAGAGAAUUUACAGCAUGCUCGAAAUCACCACUCCAUGACUCCUACAUCAGACGAUUAUACCAUGAAGAACAUGAGUGAUGCUCCUAGACAUAAUUACGGAUACCAUAGACCGGACGACGAGCAUGAUAGAUCAAGCUGCCAGCAAACCGGCCCUAUAUCAAACAGGGCAACGAGAGGAGAUAGUCAAAUUCUUUCUCCCUGCCAUAUUUGCCAUCGACGCCCAACGACACGUACGGCACUGGACGCGUAUGCAGACUGUGAAAUAUGCGGCAAGAGAGCAUGUUAUGUCUGUUUAAGAGAGUGCGACGACGUUUACUGUCAGGAACGGGGGAGUAAUAUAGACCGGGAGAGCCACAGAACAUCUCUAGGACGGAGAAUAUGUUCAUCCUGUGCUGUGGAGGGCAUUCUGGAAACGGGGGAGGAGGUUGUCCGUUGCCUAGUUUGCGUUGAGCAUGGAUAG